AUGUACUUGUGUCACAAAAAUGCUACUCUUCAAACACUUGUACAUCUCUUGCAUUGGUCACCUGACUUUAUCUUUGAUAUUAAAUCAAUGUCUAAUAUCAUUUCUCACAACAACUAUGAUAUUAUGGUGUAUCUAUUUGAAAGAUACUCUUCAUCAUUGUCAGGUGAUGGACUAUUUCCAUCAAGUUCACUUGUGACUGCUGUGAUAUUUGAAAUAGCAUGUUGGUUACAUGUACGUUGUCCCAAUAGAGAAUGGGAUGAACCAACACUAGACCAGUCUAUUGACACGGGUCGAGUUGAAUUGGUAAAGUGGUUACACAACAAUAGGCCAAAUAUCAAAUGCCCAAACUCUGCAAUGAACAAGGCAAUUGUGGAGAUUUAG